GAGCGGUCAGAAACUUUUUCGUGAGCUUGAGAAGCAAAUCCCUUUGUCACACUAUUUUGGCAUGCUAACCGAACCCCUUUAAGCCAAACAGAUUUGCGUUUUUUCUCCGAUCCGAGCUCUGAUUGGGUUCGGCCGCUCCCUGCAGCUAGGGUUCCCAACCUCUUAGAACCUUUCAGGGAUUCUGUGGUUUGGGGAAGCAAGUAAGAAUGGUCGACGAAGGAGGAGACCCUCGAAACGCCAAUGGCGCAGCUGCAAAUCAUCUCAUGAUAUUGAAGGAAGGAAUAUAUUUGAUCCUCUCCCGAUGGGCAGCUCUUCUUUUCGCCGUCGAGAACGAGUCCGGCGGUCGCGGCUCCCGCCAGUUAGCCGAUCAACUCGCUUCGGAUGUUUACUCCUGGUUCACCAAACAGCGCAAAGCCAAUGAGCCGCUUUAUAUCGAUGACCUCGAGAACAUUCUCGACGAAACCAUGUAUGCUCAUCUCCACAUCGACAUGAAUGAUGAUGGCGUUGAAAUUGAGGAGGUAGCAGAGAAAAUGAUGAUUAUGCACGAGGAAUGUAUGGAAGGGAACUAUAGCUCUGUUGAGAAGUUGAGAAGGGCUGCUGCUGAGCCUUGUAGAACAUCAUCUCGUCAAUACAUUAUCAGACAGGAUGAUGACCUUUAUGAUGAUGAUGCUUCGUCGGGAAGUGGUGGAGAUGAUAAUAUGAUGAUGGUGGAUUCUCCAGUAGUUCGUCGGACAAUAGAUGAUGAUGAUGGGUGGACGGUGGUCUCUUCCAAUCGACGUAGUGGUAGAAGGAAUCGCUAA